AUGGCUCCCGCCAUGCCUCAAACCCCGCACAAGGAUGAUCUCACCGAGACAUGGUCGUUCUUGGAAGCGGGGAUCGACAGUGUCAUGCUGAAGCUGGAAGAAGGCGUUGACAUGAAGACUUACAUGGCCCUCUACACUGCCGUCCACAACUUUUGCACGUCCCAGAAAGCUGUUGCUAACCAUCAAGGGUUGCAAGCACACCGAGGAGCACACUUGUUGGGUGAAGAGCUCUACAAGCUACUUGGUGAAUAUCUUUCUCGUCAUCUGAAAGCUGUCCUCAACGAGUCGAAAGGACACGCCGAAGAAGCACUUCUGGGAUUCUACAUCCGCGAGUGGACCCGUUUCACGACCGCCGCUAAAUACGUCAAUCAUCUCUUCAGUUAUCUGAACCGCCACUGGGUGAAGCGGGAAAUUGACGAGGGGAAAAAGAAUGUGUACGAUGUGUACACGUUGCAUCUGGUCAAGUGGAAGGACGACUUCUUUGAGAACGUCCACGAUAAGGUGAUGGAUGCUGUGCUCAACCUGAUUGAGAAGCAGCGGAACGGCGAGACCAUUGAGCAGUCUCAAAUCAAGAGCAUUGUCGACUCCUUCGUCUCGCUGGGCCUGGACGAAAAUGACAGCAAAAAGUCCACCCUUGAGGUCUACCGACGUUACUUCCAGCGUCCGUUUAUCGCCGCGACCCGAACGUACUACGAGAACGAAUCACGACAAUUUGUUGCCGAGAACAGUGUGGUAGAGUACAUGAAGAAAGCAGAGACUCGUCUGGACGAGGAAAAGGCUCGGGUGGGGCUCUAUCUUCACCCAGACGUCGCAAAGGAUCUCACGGACACGUGUUUGGACGUCUUGGUGACCGCGCACUCUACCCUUCUCCGUGAUGAAUUCCAGGUCUUGCUUGACAACGAGCGCCAAGAAGACCUUGCUCGGAUGUACCGACUACUUUCGCGGAUCAAGGAUGGUUUGGACCCCCUGCGCUCGACUUUCGAGAACCAUGUGAGGCGGGCUGGUCUUGCUGCAGUGGAAAAAGUUGCCAGUGACAGCGAAAACUUCGAGCCAAAGUUGUAUGUGGAUGCUCUGCUUCAAGUUCACACCCGGUAUCAAAACCUGGUGGACGACGCAUUCAACGGAGAUUCGGAGUUUGUUCGUUCUCUUGACAACGCUUGUCGCGAGUUCGUUAAUCGCAAUCGAAUUUGUCAAUCAACUUCGACUAAGUCUCCUGAGCUGUUGGCGCGCUACACCGACUCCCUCCUGAAGAAGGGAUCCAAGGCUGCCGAAGAAUCUGAGCUUGAGGACAUGCUUGUCCAGAUAAUGACGGUCUUUAAGUACAUUGAAGACAAGGACGUCUACCAGAAGUUCUAUUCAAAAAUGUUGGCAAAGCGUCUUGUGCACGUUAGCUCAGUAUCGGAUGAUGCAGAGACAAGCAUGAUCAGCAAGCUGAAGGAGGCUUGCGGUUUCGAAUACACCAACAAAUUGCAGCGCAUGUUCCAAGACAUCCAGAUUUCCAAGGAUUUGAAUGCAAGCUACAAGGAUUGGCAGGACAAGGUUCUCGAUGACGACGAUCGCAAGCGAUUGGUUGAUGCUCAUUAUCAAAUCCUGGGAACAGGCUUUUGGCCGCUCCAAGCGCCAACAUCUGACUUCAUAGCGCCCAUUGAGAUCAACCGUACAGCUGAGCGUUUCUCGAAGUUUUACUUCGACAAGCACAAUGGUCGAAAGCUGACUUGGCUGUGGCAGCUUUGCAAAGGUGAAGUGAAGGCCAAUUACAUCAAGAAUGCGAAAGUACCCUACACCUUCCAAGUCUCCACCUACCAGAUGGGUAUCCUGCUUCUUUUCAACGAGGCCGACACCAUUUCUUACAACGACAUUCAAGCUGCCACAAACUUGGUUCCUGAAAUUCUUGACCCCAAUUUGAGCAUCUUCCUUAAGGCUCGGGUGCUCACCAUCAGCCCUGAAGGCUCCAAGCCCGAUCCGUCCACGACCUUUUCCUUGAACUACAACUUCAAGAACAAGAAGAUUAAGGUCAACCUCAACAUUCAAAUCAAGUCAGAGCAGAAGGUCGAAGUCGAUGACACGCAUAAAACCAUCGAGGAGGACCGGAAGUUGCUGCUUCAGUCCGCUAUUGUCCGAAUUAUGAAGUCACGCAAGAAGAUGAGGCACGUCCAGCUCGUGAACGAAGUCAUUCAGCAGGUCAAGUCUCGCUUCCCGCCUCAAGUUCCCGACAUCAAGAAGAACAUUGAAGCGUUGAUGGAGAAAGAUUACAUCGAACGUCUCGAAGGGGAUGAAAUAUCUUACAUUGCCUGA